AUGUCUGCGGCACCGACUGAGGAAGCCGCUGCGAAAGAGGCCCCCCCUGUCCAGCCUGAGGCUGCUCAGGAUGCCGCUGAUCUGUUUGGUGGACUGAAGAAAAAGAGUAAAAAGAAAAAGACGCCGGCUGAUAUUGAUCUUGGCGAGACAAAGAGCGAGAAGCCUGAGAGCGAGAAUCAAAGCGAAGCUCCAGAAGAAAAGGGCACAGAUGCUCUAGCUGAUGAUGCACCAUUAGACUUUGGUGACUUGAAGAAGAAAAAGAAGAAGAAGAAGGCUGCCUUCGAUCUCGAGGAAUUUGAGAAAGAGCUUGGCGAGAGCCGCGAUGCCGACAACGUGGAUGGUACCGCUUCAGGUGCUGAUGGAGACAAACCAAUUGACGUUAAAGAGGAGGCACCUGAGUCACAGAUGUCCCAGGAUGCAGAGACCUGGCACGAUUCUGACCGUGACUACACGUAUCAAGAAUUGCUUCAUCGCAUUUUCCGCACAUUGCGUCAACAAAAUCCGGCGCUCUCCGGUGAGAAAAAGAAAUAUACUAUGGUUCCACCUGUAGUGCAGCGGGAUGGAUCGAAAAAGACUAUGUUUGCGAACGUUAUCGAAAUUUGCAAGCGUAUGCAUCGCCAACCGGAUCAUGUCAUCCAAUACUUGUUCACAGAGCUGGGUACAACUGGUUCCGUGGACGGUAGUCAGCGCCUCGUAAUCCGUGGCCGCUUCCAGCCGAAACAGAUUGAGAACGUUCUUCGGCGGUAUAUUGUUGAAUAUGUCACAUGCAAGACGUGCCGCUCACCCAACACGCUUCUCACAAAAGAGAACCGAAUCUACUUCAUGACUUGUGAAGCAUGUGGUUCUCAGCGGUCCGUCAGUGCCAUCAAGACAGGUUUCCAGGCACAGACAGGCAAGCGCAGCAAGAUGCGCGAAUAA